AUGGCCAAUAGUAGCAGUGAUGAGUCUGAAGACAGUACCAAGGCUAGUAUCGACCCUUGUACGCCAACUAAACAUGAUGAAGAGGAUGAUGAGGAGGAGGAGGAGGAUUCUGAUGACACAGAGUCAGAUGAAGAUGAUGGGGAGCCAAGACCAGCUCCAGAACGAUACACACCACAGACCACUGUGAUGGACAAACCAUGUGCUAAGCAAUCAGACCCAACGGUGCUCUCCCCGUGGCUUUCUGAGAACCGUAAACAGCACAAUGUCACUGAAGUGAAGGUGAAGAGUAUCGAGAGUGCACAGAAGAACCCAAAAGCUAUUGAUGACUGGAUAGAUAGCGUCAGUGAACUCCAUCGCUCCAAACCUCCAGCCACAGUACUUUACACCAGACCCAUGCCAGACAUUGAUACCCUGAUGCAGGAAUGGCCACCUGAGUUUGAAGAGCUUUUGGGCAAGCAAAAAAAGACAGGACCACCUGCUAGACCAUGUGAACCAGCUGAAACUGAUGAAGAGGAUGAUGAUGAUGAGGAUGAUUCUGAUGACACAGAAUCAGAUGAAGAUUAUGGGGCCCCAAGACCAGCUCCAGAACGAUACACACCACAGACCACUGUGAUGGAUAAACCAUGUGCUAAGCAAUCAGACCCAACGGUGCUCUCCCCGUGGCUUUCUGAGAACCGUAAACAGCACAAUGUCACUGAAGUGAAGGUGAAGAGUAUCGAGAGUGCACAGAAGAACCCAAAAGCUAUUGAUGACUGGAUAGAUAGCGUCAGUCAACUCCAUCGCUCCAAACCUCCAGCCACAAUACUUUACACCAGACCCAUGCCAGACACUGAUACCCUGAUGCAAGAAUGGCCACCUGAGUUUGAAGAGCUUUUGGGCAAGCUGAACCUCCCCACAGCAGAUAUUGACUGUGACCUGGAAGAGUACAUCGACACAAUUUGCGGUAUCUGGGACAUUCCAGUAUACGAGAGCCGAAUCCAGUCUCUCCAUGUCCUGUUCUCACUUUAUUCUGAAAUCAGAAACUUCCAGCCUGAGCUUAUUGCUAAGCCGCCCAACAACAAGACUCUGGACAUCAAUGACUCAGGAGAGGUGGCCAGUUUGUACGCACCUACUCCAUGGCAAGCAGUCUUAAGGAACACAAGCCAACAGCAGCUGAAAAGCAUGGCCAAUAGUAGCAGUGAUGAGUCUGAAGACAGUACCAAGCAAAAAAAGACAGGACCACCUGCUAGACCAUGUGAACCAGCUGAAAGUGAUGAAGAGGAUGAUGAUGAUGAGGAGGAGGAUUCUGACGAGACAGAGUCAGAUGAAGAUGAUGGGGAGCCAAGAACUGCUCCAGAACGAUACACAACACAGACCACUGUGAUGGACAAACCAUGUGCUAAGCAAUCAGACCCAACGGUGCUCUCCCCGUGGCUUUCUGAGAACCGUAAACAGCACAAUGUCACUGAAGUGAAGGUGAAGAGUAUCAAGAGUGCACAGAAGAACCCAAAAGCUAUUGAUGACUGGAUAGAUAGCAUCAGUCAACUCCAUCGCUCCAAACCUCCAGCCACAGUACUUUACACCAGACCCAUGCCAGACAUUGAUACCCUGAUGUACGAAUGGCCACCUGAUUUUGAAGAGCGUUUGGGCAAGCACUAA